AUGUUUUCCGAGAUUCUGUGCAAAGCAACCAGCAGGGUGUCCUUCGAUUCCCCCGCCGACCCUGUCCCUACUUUGCUCGCCCUCCUCCUAUUUCAACCCCGGACGCACCACACCCUGACGCAUAGGGCCAUCCACUGGCGACUCGACCAAGUGAUGACCCAGUUCGUCAACGCGCUGAUUCCAGAAUACCACGUCGAAUCAUCCCAAGAUCUGUACUCCUGCGUCGUCACCCGGCUCGACCACUUCGUGGACACCAAGGGCAACUUUCCCCGCGAGUACAUCGUCGCCCACGUCGCUCUCCCCCUGCCCGUUCCUGCCGAGCUUUCCUCCGGUAAACCGCUCGCUCCGCGCACCAUUGGCUUCCUCAAGUUCGAGCGCUGCUGGAGGAGCUACGAUCCCGUCGACGUCCACCACCCCCUCGAAUUCCCCGCCAACCGAUGCAAGUGGCUCACCGCGGACGACACCCUCGGCGUCUACGAUCCUAACUACCACCCGUGGGCCUCGCGCCGCCGGACGCUCCUCCGCUCCAGCCACAGUGCCCUGGCAGUCCCGCUCGCGCGCGCGCUCGUCGCGGCGUGCGCGCUGCGCCGCAUCCACCCCGACUGUGUCGAGAACACGUACGCACACGCGUGGUUCGCCCGCGGCUUGUGGGAGCGGCUUGUGGACCCCGACGCGGCGGACGGCAGUGCGGGCCAGGACGCCCGCUCGGAAGAUUCAGGCUGCUCCAAGUGGGGAUUGCUGAAGCGUCGUGUUCUCCGUAACAAGACCCCCGCGGUCUUUGUGAAGGUGUUGAAAGAGAAGGAGGCGGAGGAGUGCUGGGCGGUCGAGGACAGGGUCCUGCGCGAGCUCGAAGCGGGCCGGGCGGAGAUGGCGCUGCGUUUGUCCGGCAAGGGCGCGUGUGCAGGCGAAAACCGUACGACCCAGAUGCAGGCCGUCUCGGACCUUCGGGAGGCGUUGGAUAGAGGCGUGUGGGCGGGGGCACGGAGCGAUCUGGACCGGAGGAGUGCUAGUGUCACUCUGUUCGGAUAA